AUGGCGGCAUUAACAGAACUGACAGAAGAAGCAGUCCGUUCCCGAGUGAAGCUUAAACAUGACAACUUAGAGGAUGUGAAAUCCCUAUCCUUGCCUGGGACUUACCAUGAAAAAAUUACUUGUCUUGGAAAAGCCUUGAGGAAAUUCACUCGCCUUAAAAUACUGGAUCUCUCACGAAAUGCACUGACAAGCUUGUCUGGAUUGGAACAUUUAAAGCUACUGGAAAACGUCAACUUAUAUUAUAACAGUAUUGGUAGCUUAGAAGAACUGAAGAGACUUCGACACAACUCGAAGCUUGUGGAAAUAGACCUCAGGCUGAACCCAGUGGCGAGGGAUGAGCCGGACUACCGACUUUAUCUUAUACAUCUUCUACCCAACCUACAGAAACUAGACGACCGUGGCGUGCGAGACAGAGAGAGGCAGACUGCGCUGAUUCACUUCACCUCCAGUCAAGCUGCAGAGUUCAGUGCUCCCACCCCUCCACCCACCCCAGAUGUGGCAGACAGGCAGAGCCACCCACGUGUGCAGUACUUACAGGCUCAGAACAAGCGCGCCACAGCUCUGGAUGAUGAUGAUGUGGAAGUUCUGGACUUGAUUGCCCGUACUAAUGGUGACCUCAGCAGACCGCGGCAAAUCACAGGUUCAGCAGCUCUGGAGGAUGACAUGAUAGAAUACUCUCUGGACGACUUAAAGCACCUCCCUGACUCACUGAACACAAGGAAUUUACCUGCUCAACCAAAUACUGCUUCAAAUGGUCAUUUGUACUCAGAGCCAACACAAUCCACGAGUGCCGCCAUUAAAUAUCCCAACAUUCCAAGAGUACCAACUAAUGGAACCAUUUCACCAUCGUUGAUGAGACCCCCUCAGUCAGACGCUCAGCAAGUUGGCGACCCUAACCUGAAAUACACAGAUGAAAUGGAAGCCUACACCAAAUACAAAAGUCAUGGUUUUUUUACACCUCAUCCAGGUUUUGUUGAGUCCGAGGGAUUUGAGGGUGGCAAUCCCCCUCCUCCAUGUGAUUCACAAUGGGAGGCUGCUAGUACACCACCCCCCGGGGCUCCUCCUUCUCCUGCAGGCAAACUAAGAUUCUCUGAUGAUAAGCAGCCGGUCCAGGGACUGCAGUCCAAUGGCCCAAAGCAAAAGUCUCCAGGUGGUUCAGAUGGGAAGCAAAGUACUGGAGUUACCUUUCCUGAUAGCCUAGGCCCCCAGCAUAGAGACUUUCUAAUUGCAUUUUUAGAUCUUGUUGACAAAUACUGGAAUGGAAACAAAUCACUUCACAAGAACCCAAAGUUUAAAAGUGUGGCCAUAGAGUUGCUGGAUAGGCUGGAAAUUGGUUUAUCUCAUGGCAAAAACAGUGAGAACCCUAGGGCAGGAGAAGACGGAAGGCAAAUGGGAGAGAACACGGAACUGCUGAAGGAAAAUAGUCUGAAUGAAGCAUAUCUGAAGGCAUCUCUGAAACAGGCGUAUCAGGAUGUGGAAACAUUACGAUCGCAGCUGCAGAAAUACAUCAGGGAGAACCAGCAUCUUCAGAACAAGAUCACCGAGACGAAAUCCGUAGCCUUUAACAGUGACACUUCUCAGUCACAAAUCGACCAGCUGGAGAAGCAGAAUGGUGACUUGCGACAGGAAGUGGAGAAGUUACGCAUGCGUCUGAAGCAGGUAGGCCACGUUCAGGAAUUGGCCUCUAUGUUACAAGAAAGUCACAAGUCCCUGGUACAGACCAACGACCAUCUGCUGAAGGACUUAGAGGAGACUCGCAGUCGUCACCAGCAUGAGGUCCGGCAGUUACAUUGGAGCUACGAUCAACUCAAGAAAACCAUGAACAGUUUCUCUACCAGCAAUAAUGUGACACCAACUUCAUAUUUAGAAUAAGAAGAGCCAGUGAACCUUCUUAUAACUUAGUCAUGACCUUUUUUUGUGUAUAUGGUGUGGGGGGGGGGAUGGGGAGGACACCGA